UUUAGUGUCAAUUCUAAACUGAUACCAAACACAAACCAUUUAACCUAACAAUCAAUUUGUUUUUAAAUCUUCAAUGUCUAAAUUCUCCGCAAAAUAAUGAUUAUUUUACAUUUAACGCGUGUUGUACGCCCUCGGCGCACCUUUCUAAGAUUAUUAUCAACAAAUCCGGUACCGAAUCAAACAACAGAUCUUCAAAUUGAAGGAAAAUCUUUCCAGAAAGAUGACUACACCAACAUAACACCAAAAAUACUUAAUUUAUUAGAGAGAAAACUGCAUACACAGCCACAGCAUCCACUCUGUUUGGUAAAACAACGCAUCGUUGACUAUUUCUACAAAACUUUCAAAAACGCAAGAGGCAAUCCAACGUUUUCUGUCUAUGAUAAUCUCAGUCCCAUAGUCAGUGUUGGUCAGAACUUUGACUCACUGUUGAUCCCACAGGAUCAUCCUACAAGAGCAAAGAGUGAUUGCUAUUACAUCAAUAGAGAGUAUUUAUUGAGAGCUCACACUACCAGCCAUCAGAGUGACUUGAUUAGAAGUGGAUUAGACUCAUUUCUGGUUGCUGGAGAUGUUUAUCGAAGAGAUGAGAUUGACAGCACCCAUUAUCCAGUAUUUCAUCAGAUUGAUGCUGUGAAAUUGUAUACAAAGGAUCAGUUGUUUCCUAAGAACCAAGAGUUGGAACUAUUUGAGAAAGGUUCAAGUUGUGAAGGUGGAAAACAAGAGUGUCAUACAUUGGAGGCAAUGAAAGUCCUUGAACACAGUCUAAAAUCAUCACUUGGAGGUCUCGCCCAGAGUAUUUUCGGUCCCGAAGCAGAAAGUAGAUGGGUUGAAACACAAUUUCCAUUCACUACACCUUCCUGGGAAUUAGAAGUAAAGCACAAAGGUGAUUGGUUGGAAUUACUUGGUUGUGGCAUCAUGAAACAACAAAUCCUAACAGAAGCUGGUGUUUAUGAUCAAGUUGGGUGGGCUUUCGGUAUAGGACUCGAAAGAAUCGCGAUGAAAGUCUAUCAAAUACCUGAUAUACGACUUUUUUGGUCUACUGACAGUGGAUUUUUGAAUCAGUUCAAAGAUGCAAGUCCUCAGUCUAAUAUUAUUUACAAACCAAUCAGUCAGUUUCCUCAAUGUACAAAUGACAUCAGUUUUUGGCUGCCUGAUCAUGGUUUGUAUAAUAGUAAUGAUUUCUAUGACUUAGUCCGCUCUAUAGGAGGUGAUAUAAUUGAACAAGUAACGUUGGUUGAUAAUUUCGUACAUCCAAAAACGAAGAAUACUAGUCAUUGCUAUAGAAUUGUGUACAGACACAUGGAGAAGACUUUAACACAGGAAGAAGUUUCAGUUGUUCAUAAAGAAAUUGAGAAUACUGCAACGAAAGAGUUGAAUGUUCGAAUAAGAUAAUUGAUUUAAUGAUUCAAUGGUUGAAUUUGUUUAAUUUAUGAUUAAAAGAUUUUUUAUUUGAAAAAA